AUGCUUGGGAAAUGGCGUACAGCCUCAGUUACCUAUGAUCAGUCACAUCUCAAUCAUAAUGGAUCAAAGGGGAGAAAUAUUAGUGGCAGCUUUAUUGAAUUAUGUGUAAGCAACUACAUGUUAUCCCAUGACCCUUCAGAGCACCAAAAGGAUCUACCUCCACACAGAAUGGCAGGAAUUAUCAUUAUGAGUAUCCUGACUGUUGUCAUGGUGAUAGCCAAUAUCUUGUCAAUAUGUACCAUAGCAACCAAUCAUAUUCUGCAACAGUCAUCAUACUACAUAUUUGUUUUGAGCCUGGCUAUAGCAGACCUCCUAACAGGUGCCAUUAUUAUGCCCAUCUAUAUUAUCUGGGAAUACAAUGGUCAGUGGCCAUUUGAAAAAUUCUCCUGUGAAAUUGUGACAGCUCUAGACAUUGCAUUUAGUGACAUAUCCAUCUACAUCCUGGUUCUUAUAGCUCUGGAUAAGUAUAUUUACAUAACACAACCUUUACUGUACCAUACAAAGCUAACAGUGACCAGAGCUCGUCUACUUAUUGUAGCCCUCUGGGUCAUCUGGUUGACCUUUGCCUUUGUGUCCAUAUAUGGAGAUAUUGCACUGGACGAAAAAUCUACAAACCUGUUUUCUAACAAUUGUAUAUUCAUAAUGAAUGACAUCUACACAGGAAUAACAGGCAUUGUGGCUUUUGUGAUACCAUUCCUAAUCCUGACAUACACUGGUAUCAGAAUCUACUGCAUAGCUCACCUCCAUCUCAGGAAAAUCUCUCGCUGUCAUCUUGAUCCCCUUAACAUCAGUACAGCUACUUUCACUGAACUGGAGAAUUACCAAGUAAAGACAAACAACAGUGGAAGUGGAACUCUUCAUUCAACUGCUCAGCAUUACAACAGACCAUCAGAUGUUUCUAUCAGAUCUGAAAAACUAAUAAAGAAGGCAACGUUAUGUAAACCAUUUGGAACAGUGGUGAUUAUUAUUGUUUUUUUCCUUAUAAUGUGUGCCCCCUACUGGAUCGCUACAGGCUCAGAUAUUUUCUGUCACUGUGUGGCUCCCUGGAUAUAUGAAGAUAUUCUAGCAGUUGUCUAUAAUCUCAACUCACUUGUUAAUCCAUUUAUAUACAUAAUGACAGACAGGCAAUACAGAGCUGCAGUAAAAAGAUUACUAAUUAAAUGUCACAAUGUUCUGUGCAAAAGCAAGCAUGCUACCAUCAACAAAACUAACACUCCAGGCAGUAACUGUAGACAGAGACAUUUAUAA